GCACCCAGCGAAGGAUAGAUAACCUACCGGGUGGUUCAUCGCCCAUCCCUCGGACCUCCUUGUCUCCUGCCUAACCAGCUACAACCAACCACCAAGAUGGCCACUUUCUUCCAGUCCUUCCGCAGCUCGGCGAUGCCCAAGCGCCUGCUCCGGUAUGCGCUAUCGCGGCUGGAACUCUUGGACGCCGACGCGCUGGACUUGGAGCACCUCGACUUCGCCCUCGGUCGGAAUACCGUCCUCGAGUUUCGUGAUGUCGGAAUCAAGCUCCAGAAGCUCGAGAGACUCCUCAAACUGCCCCCGGCCUUUACACUACAGAAGGCAAAAGUCCUCCUACUCCGCGUGACGGUUCCUAUGGACUUCUACACGAGUCCUAUCACCGUCGAGGUUGACGGCGUCGACGUUCGGCUGAAGGUCUCGUCAAAGGAGCACCGCGAGGACCGUCCUAGGAGGAGGGGCAAAAGAAAAGAGGAUUCCGACGUGUUACCGACCGCUGCCGAUCUGGCGCAAUCAUUCCUACAAGGGCAGGAAUCGGCGGAGAAGAAGGAGCUGGAGGAGGCGCUGGCUGCUGAAACUCAAGAGAUGGGGUCAUCCAUGACUAUAAGUGACGCCGGAAGCGACGAGGAUCUUGGCUACGGCACCGGACAGGCGCUGUCCUUGCCCGCCUUCCUUACCGACUUCCUUCAAGGCGUCGUCGACAGGACUCAGAUCUGUAUUCGAGGAGUCACCUUCCAACUCGAUGUUGAGCUUCCGGUGGAUCUGAAUACGACGACUCCUGAUUUGGUCACCUUCCAGCUAGCGUUGGAAGGCAUCAACGUGGAAGGCGUCACGACUCCAACUUUGGAGGGGGAUGGAACUCCCAAGAUUGUUCCCAAAGAGGGGAAGCGGCACAUCACGUUGGACAACAUCAGAGCGUUCCUGAUAUCCGAAGCAAACGUCUUCUCGACUCUGGCAAGAUCUCCGUCGGUGGCUUCGUCUCUCGCUUCACAGUCUCCGGUUCUUACGGAACACCAAUCGCCCCUUUCUCGCCACUCUAAUGCUCCGGACAUGACUGCAAGCGAGCAUCUAAUGUCCUUCUCCGACGAACUCGCUCGGGAUAGCGAAGACGCUUUCAAUAUCCCUUACGAUUUUGGGACUGAUCCCGACGAGAUGGAUCCCCAGGAACCUGCUUCGUCUGUCUCUACACCGCGGGCAUCGAUAUACCAAGACUUUACUGCGCGGCGAGAGGGGCUUCUUGCCCAAUCAGAGAUUAUGGAGCCGGGGUUGGCCCCCUGGGGCACCUUCUCACGCGACGCACAAUCAGAACCCUAUCUUCAAUCCCUUGGAAGCGAUCUAUUGGAUCCUAGAGUGGCUUCCCCAGAGCCCUUGUCUGGGUCCGAGUCUACAAGUUCCGGUGUCGGUUCUCAACCACCGGAAGACCUGACCAAAUCUCACCUCUACAGCCACGAGGAUGCCGAGAGCAUGUAUAUGAGCGCGUUCUCUCAGGCAGAGUCCAGCCGUCUAAGAAGUGCUAUGCCUGGUGCAUGGGAUGAAGAAGACAGGCCGAGUCCCGAAACGUCCCCACAGCCCAAACGCGCUGCCACACCCAAUGUGCAGCGAACCCCUUCCCCGGUGCGCCCCGAAGAAGAGAUUGCCGCAGCUGAGGUGCGAGAGCAAGAAUCAAAGACGAAAAGGGGCGCAGCAGCAGAGGAGGUAGUCCCCGGGGAUGUAGCUACGCCAGAUGAAACCACGGCAUCGGAUACAGAGAGCGAGACACCAGAGGUAGAACCUCAGGAUGACGUUCCUACACCCCGCGGACCUACUCGCCUGGUGAAGGAGAUUCUGUCCCUGGCAUCUAUCUCGAUAUAUGUGCCUUCCAAUCACAAGCAUUUGCAAGUACCACCUUCAGUACUCGACAAGUCGGUCUCUCCACACCUGCCUGGCGCGUUCUCGGUUCACUCUGAAGCGCCGACAAGCCCCAAUAUCCACCCUCAAGUCGUUACCGAAGAAAGACAACCGGAGGAUAAGGCUCUCGAGAUCGUUCUGGCACCGAUGGAAGUUCGAUUCGACGCCUCCAUCGGGUUCCUCUUGGCGAUGGUGGUAUCCAAGCUGCUCGAAGCCGUGAGGGGACAGCCCGAUGCUCGCGCGGCCGACGCGGAAGGCAAGACACCUGGCGCCGGCUCACCAUUCCCCGAGAUCAAGAUAAUGGCUGAGCAUAUAUCCCUGCUUUUCCUUGAGAAGCUUUCUGGGGUUGCCGAUACUGCAGAGAGGAUCUUCUCGACGCCGACAGUUGACUUCAGUCACGAUAUACUCCUCAAGUCCGGGCUCCAGAAUCUAAGCGCAACAAUGUCGGCAUCCGGGCAGCAGACGGAGAGGGUGGUAAACAUUGAGAAAUUCACGUUCGGGUACGCCAAUGAUGAUAUCCUCUCGUUUGAUCGGCGAAUCCAGAUGUUCGAAUCGGUCAUGAACACGUUCCCUUCUGCAGGGAACGACAUAUCCGUCAAGAUAUCGCAGUCUCCCGAUGAUGUAAGAUGCAACAUCGAUACCCUGCCGCUGCAUGUGAAGCUAGAUCUCCAGAGACUGGAUGAGACAUUCAGCUGGUUUGGCGGACUGAGUAGCUUUUUGAGCAUGGGCUCCUCAAUGACAUCAAACGCUUCACGAGGCACCAGGAGCCCUGUAAAGGUUGCCCCGAAACCCCGAGGCGUCCGAUUCGAGGCUCCUGUUCGGCCCGAUGACCAGUCUGCGGCAAAGGAAAACAAAGUUGCCAUGAGAAUCAACGGCUUCCGGCUGGAUCUCGUUGGCAAGGAAUGCAGCGUCGCCUUGGACACCAGUGCUCUCAAGCUUGUCAGCCGGGAAGAGGCCAUCGGAGUCCAUUUCAGCAGGAUCAGGCUCUCCGGUCCGUACCUCAGGCACGCUCGUGGAGAGCCCCCGAUCGUUACAGACAUUCUGGGUACCAGACUCGAGUUUAUCGGUGUGGCGCAAAAUGCGGACCUCGAGAGGCUACUUGAACUCAUCACGCCUUCGAAGGUCAAGUUUGACGAGAGCGAUGACGAAAUCAUGGUCGAUACUCUGCUAAGGCAGCGGAGAAAGGGCCCAGUUCUGCGACUUACCCUCGACAAGGUGAACGUCCAGGUCGGAAAGUUGCACCAACUCGGCUGUCUGCCAAACCUGGGAGAAGAAAUUGCAAAGCUUGCAACCGUGGCCAAGUAUCUUCCCGAAGACGAUAGGCCUGGCCUCUUAACGCUGGCCCUCGUCAAGGACUUUGGUUUCACGUUGGACGUUGGGGGCAGAUUUGGCGUCGUCCACAUCUCCAUGAAAGACCUUGAUCUUGCUCACAUCACGAUACCGUCGUUGGUCGCUGUGGCUGUCAGCGAGGUCACCGUUAACCGAAAUAAGAUCGAGGAGUUGGUGGCAACCUCGAAGGUCCAGACACCGGGAAUCUCGCAGAGGCCGCCGGUCUUGAUGAUGAGAAUCAUUGACGAUAUGGAGCCUGUCCUCAAGGUCAAGAUGAUUGGCCUCAUCGUCGAGUACCGUGUCCCUGCAGUCAUGGAUAUCCUGGGGCUGGCCGCAGAUGCUACCCCCCAAGACUUCGAGGCGAGCCUCGCAGCAUCGGUAGUCAACCUGGGGGAGCAGGCACACACUGCUCUGAAAGGCAAGCAACCAGAGCUAGUCCCUAUUUCGGAUCAGGCCAAGACGUCGUCGUCGGCGAAACCCAUGACCGUCGAGAUGGCUUUCCGAGACUGCUUGGUUGGCCUCAACCCACUCGGGCUGACUUCCAAACUUGUGCUUGCCCUCACUGAUGCACACGUGGAUGUCGCACCUUCGAGGAACAACAAUGUCACGAUAGUCGGAGACCUGAGAAAGUCGUCGGUCCUUCUCAUCGACGACAUUACGGCUCUGGACGAAAAGGACGGCGCGGUCACAUCGCGGAGGCGCCCAUCGGCUGCUUCGUCGCCUCUAAUAGUCGACCUCUGUUCCAAGGGCUUCGUCGACAUUUGCCAGAUCUCCUCGGCGAAGGCGACGGCGCGGGUCACGAAGAGCGAUGAGGGGUUUCAGCACCUCGAUAUUGACUUGCGGGAUGAUCUCCUUGUCCUCGAGACCUGCGCGGACUCGACGCAGACCCUCAUUACUCUGGUCAACGCUCUGAAGCCACCGACUCCGCCGAGCAAGGAGAUUAGAUACAAGACAUCGGUGGUCCCGGUCCAAGACUUGCUGGCGUCUCUGACUGCAGACGCGUUCGGCAGAGCAGAAGGUGACUACGACUUCGACUAUGACUUCGCCGUGCCGCCAGAGUUCGAUGGCGAAACCGGAAGCGAGGAAGACUUCUACGGAGAAGGUUCAGGGCAGCUGGAAUUCGAUCCCAGGUACUACGAGGAUGGCGACGUGCAGGAGCAGUUGUUCGAUGUUGCCGGACAGUCCAUGAUCUCGGACCUGACAACGGCCCAGGAUACCAAAGAUGGGGUCCUGCUCACCAGCUUGAGCACCAGCGACGUCGCCGAUGACAGCAGUGACGAGCUCGUGGUCCAGGAGAACUAUUUCGGAACGGCGUCGGUCAUCGAAGGCACAGCACACAGGUGGAAUUCAUCCAGGAACACCUAUGACCAGUCAAACGACGGGAAGGUGCUCAAGAGCCCACUGAGAGUCUGUGUCAGAGAUGUACACAUCAUCUGGAACCUUUUUGAUGGAUACGACUGGGUCCGCACUCGUGAUGUCAUCACGAAGGCCGUUCAGGAGGUCGAGACGAAAGCCUACGAGCAGAAGGCCCGCACGGAACGGGGAGGCGCCUUUGAACAGGACUUUGACGAGCAAGAGACAGUGAUCGGCGAUUUCCUCUUCAAUUCCAUUUACAUCGGAAUCCCGGCGAACCGCGACCCCAGGGAACUGGCCCAGGCUAUCAAUCAGGAGCUGAAUGACAACGCCACGGAGACGGAGUCGGUUGCGACGACGGCGUUUACUGCGACUCACAGCCGGCCGGGCGCCAAUCGUUCGAGGUCCAAAAAACUAAGACUAAACAGGAGUAGGCGUCACAAGAUCACUUUCGAGCUCAAGGGGGUGAACGUGGAUCUCGUCACUUUCCCGCCGGGAUCUGGAGAGACUCAGAGCUCCAUCGAUGUCCGCGUCAAGGACUUGGACGUCUUCGAUCAUGUGCCAACUUCGACGUGGAAGAAGUUUGCCAUGUAUGACCAAGACGCUGGCGAGCGAGAGAUGGGGGUUAGCAUGGUCCAUCUCGAGAUUCUCAAUGUCCGGCCGAUGCCGCAACUCCCCACGACCGAGAUCGUCCUCAAGGCGACAGUAUUACCACUCCGGCUGCAUGUUGAUCAAGACGCGCUCGACUUCAUAACACGCUUCUUCGAGUUCAAGGACGACGCGGCUCCCGUGCACGCCUCGCCAAGCGAUAUACCCUUCAUCCAGCGCGCCGAGGUCAACUCCAUCCCCGUCAAGCUCGACUUCAAGCCAAAGCGGGUCGACUACGCGGGCCUGCGCUCCGGCCACACGACCGAGUUUAUGAACUUCCUCAUCCUCGACAACGCGCGCAUGGUCCUGCGCCACACGAUCAUCUACGGCGCCUCCGGUUUCGACCGGCUCGGGAAGACCCUGAACGACAUCUGGAUGCCCGACAUCAAGCGCACGCAGCUCCCCGGCAUCCUGGCCGGGUUGGCGCCCGUCCGGUCGCUCGUCAACGUCGGCAGCGGCAUCAGGGACCUUGUCGAGAUCCCGAUCAGGGAGUACAAGAAGGACGGAAGGAUAGUCCGGAGCAUCGGCAAGGGGGCGGCGGCGUUUGCACGGACCACGGGGACGGAGAUGGUCAAGCUCGGGGCGAAACUCGCCGUGGGCACGCAGUACGCCCUCCAGGGGGCCGAAGGGCUGCUGGUCAAGGACCCGCACCACCACGGAGGGCAAGGGGGCUCGGCAGCCGGGGCGGCGGCGGCGGCGGCGGGGGCGGGCUGGGAAGACGACGAGUACGCGGACGGGGAGGAGGAGGAGAGGAAGCAGAUCAGCCUCUACGCGGACCAGCCGACGGGGAUGAUGCAGGGGCUCCGGGGCGCGUACUCGAGUCUGACCAGGGACCUGUACAUGGCCCGGGACGCCGUCAUCGCGGUGCCCGGCGAGGUGAUGGAGAGCCAGAGCGCGCAGGGGGCCGCCAAGGCGGUGCUGAGGAGGGCGCCGACCAUCAUCUUUAGGCCGGCCAUCGGGGCCACAAAGGCGAUCGGGCAGACGCUGCUCGGCGCGACGAACUCGCUGGACCCCGAGAAUAGGAGGAGGGUGGACGCGGUAAGUUUGGCUCUGUCCCCUAUUUUAUAUACCUGGCUCGCCUUUUUGGUGCAGCUUGUUUUGGCGGGACGAUGUGCUGAUUUGGGUUUACAGAAAUACAAGAAGCAUUAAAUUGAAAACGCAGAAGACAGCAUUUCUGGCGCAGAGGAAGGG